GGUGAAUCAAUAUUUCAUGUUUUGAAGGAUUACUUCAUUGAAAAAGCAAUUCCUUUAUCAAAUAUAUAUAAUAUCAGUAGCUACAGAUGGAGCACCUGCCAUGGUUGGACGUUAUCGUGGAUUUAUAAGCUAUUUAAAACAAAAUGUGUCAGGGGUGUUAGCAAUACAUUGCGUCAGAUUUGUUUACAAAAUUUAAUAUGGUAAAUUUGCAAUUGCAAGGCGACAGUUUAAAUUUGAUUAAAACAAAGUCCAUCUUAGCAGCGUUUCUUGCCAGAGUUAAACUAAUGAAGCAAAAUAUUGGACGGGGCGAAUUUUCUCAGUUCCCCAAUUUGUCACAGACAAGCUGCCAGGAAGACGACGUUUCAACUUACGUUCAACAUUUAAAUGCCCUCUAUUCAGAUUUUGAAUCUAGGUUUGAGGAUAUUUUGACUAUGGUAAUACCACCGUGGAUAAUUAAUCCAUAUGGUGACAUAGAAGAAAUGAAUGUCAUAAUACAAGAGGAGCCGAGGAGAUUUAAGAUUAACCCUUACAAAAUUGACGCCAAAUGUUGAUAAUUUAUUAUCAUAGCAUCAGGUUAUUAAUUAAUUAUAAUAUUGACUUAU